CCUGUUCGUUGUAGGCUGACACAGUUGAGCUGGAGCAGCAACAGCCCCCAGAUCUUUUCUCUCUGCCCUGCCUUUGCCCUGCCUUGCCCGUACCGUACCUUACCUUGACUGUCUUUACACCCACACCGGUUGACCUAGCCUUCUUUUCUACGUCGACACCCCCUUCUCGAACCCCGACUGCCCCCCAUUUUCACACUGCAUCCUCACCUUGGUGUUGAUGUUGGUGUUGGUGUUGGGGGUUACGUCCGACUACAGUCAUUCGACUCUCUGGCCUACUCCAACGCAAUCCUUCAGCCGGGGCUGUGUAGUACUAACUUUGGCCCCGUUGCUCCUCCCACUGCAGCAGUUGCAGUUCCCUCUCUGAGCGCAACCACUCUGCAUCUCUCUGUCUUCCUCGCUUCCCUUUUGGGAAUCUCCAGCCAUGGCCAGCCUCCAAGACAUCAUGAACGCGGACGAGGACCAACUCGAAUCCCACACUAUUAAGAACAGCCCGAUCCCAAUCCAACCAGGCAUCCAUCAUCAACCCUAUUUGACACCCAACACAGUCUACAACUCAGGUUACAAAAUAGGCAGAGAACAACUAGACAGAACAAGCACUCAACAAGACAGGGCGAAGCGGAGCUCAUCCUCACACACCACACAGUCCACUCCUCCCGGCUCGUCGUCGUCGUCUAGUCGGCCACCAAACACCCGUCGUCGAAGCAACGUCAGCACCGACUCUAUGGAUCCGUCAAACUAUGGAUAUGGCCACGCAGGGCCGUCUUCUGGAGGGCUUGAUCCCGCUGGCCAACCCAUGCGACCUUUUGGCCAUGCAUCGACUGGAGGAGACGUGCCCAUCAAGUUGACUCCCAUCACCGGUCGAGUUAGCCGCGCAAAGAAGGGCAUGAAAGUUCAUACUUGCGAUAUUUGCCGUCCUCCCAAAACGUUCACACGAGCAGAGCAUCUGAGACGACACCAGCUUAGUCACGAGACGCCCCAGUAUGCGUGCUCCCUUCCCGGUUGCGACAGGGCCUUCCAUCGUAAAGAUUUACUGGAGCGUCAUCAGCAACGACAUGAGCUUGAGGGAGACAAGUUGUCGACAAGUAGAGGGGCGAGCCAAAGCCGCAGGACCUCGGCUGGAUCCUUAGAAGGAGGAGUUCGAGGGUUGGGAUUGCAACUCCCCAUGCUCGGAUACCCGCCGAACUCGACGACUCCGAAUCAGAGCCUUCCGAUGACACCGAACAUGUCACAUGCCGGCGCAUAUCCGUCCAUGAGCGUACCAAAUGUCAGCAAGUCCAUGUCGCCUCACGUGGGGAACGACAGCUACCGCCCGUCAUCGGGUGGUCCUGGGUACGGCGGGAGUUACUCUCUUUCCGCAGCUCAGUCCUCGCAGCAGUCCCUGUUGCAACAGCCCAGCAGCGGCUUCAACACUGCUCCUCCGUUUGGCUCCAUCGAGUAUCAACCUCGUACGACACCCGAUUUCCCCUCUUUGUUUCUCCAGACUGAGGGACUUGGGUUGCAGAUACCAUCAGAUGGACCGCCUGAGCUUUCGCACGCUCAGGACAACGGAGGCUGGCCGUCCUCGGCUUCUGACAGCACGUACUCCACACCUUCCGAUCACCCACGACGCGCAUUCUGGCCGGCGGCAAGAGCUUCUUCUUCUUCUUCUUCUACUGUCGACUGGCCAACCGGGCUUCUCUCACCUUGCCCGGGCACCGGAUUUGAUCCCAUGGCAACAGCCAACCCUAUGCUCUACCAAUACUCGACUUCGCCCCAGCUGAGCGACCCCCAGACGUACCAGAUGCUCGAUAUCACCUCCAUGUCCACAUACCCGGACGAGCAGACGCUUUUUGACCCUCACCAACAACAACCCCGGUUCUCCCAUACUGUUCGUAGCCUGUCCCCGCCGGUGACGUCGGCAUCGGCUCAAUCUUCUGAAACUCUAGUCACCCCGUCGACGGCACUACCGUCGGACCGGAUGAUGAACUCACUUGCCUGUAUGGGCCGUCAGAAGGAGGUGGCGUUGGGCCUCCUGGCGGCCCCGGCUCUGAUGCAGGGCUCCUUGCCUUUGCCUCCUGCAAAUGUCUGCCAAGCCAUUCCCGCCUACCUCGAUGUCUAUUGGGAAAAGUGCCACCACGCCUUCCCCAUCAUCCACAGGAGGACCUUUGAGGCUGCAGCGGAGCAUGUCGAUGUACUCCGCUGCGCCAUGGCUGCAUUGGCUACUCAGCAUUUGAGCACCAAGGAGGACCGCAUCAGGGGGAAUCAGUUGCAUGAAUAUGCCUGGCAACAGUCAAGACGCUUCCUCCAGUGGGAUGUGCCUGUCAUGCAAGCGAUUCUGCUCUGUGAGCUUUUCUCCCGGUUCCGCGGCCGACGUGCGGCCAUCAGGCCAUCGAAAGAAUUCGAGUCAAUCUACUCUCGGGUCUAUGACAAUGCCGUCAUCUUCGGGGAAAUCCCUCAGACAGGGCCCAACAGCGUCAGGUGGCAUACAUGGCUCGAUACCGAGGCUCGCCGUCGCCUUCUCUCGGCUUGCUUUAUUUUGGACGUUCACAGCUCCUUCUAUCUGGAGCAGCAAUGUAUUCGUAAUUUUGAUAUUGCCAGCGACAGCAUGCCACCAAACAUCCCUCUCAUCGGGCCGACCCAGGAUCUCUGGGACGCACCAAGCGCAAACGCAUGGGCAGCAAUGGUCUCAGCCAAGGGGGGUUCCUUGGAUGCAAAGUCACUCCUCUCCUUAAUCAAACCUGACAAACUGUCGGAGACGAGCAUCAACGCCCAGGCCCCCUUCGACCGCUCAGUAAUCCUGGCAUUUGAGGCACUUCUGUUGUCUUCUCGCGAUGACCCGGUGCGAAUAACACCAUCGACAGGAAAACCGGAGCCGGAGACUUUCCGCAUGGCUAGCAUCUUCCCAGACUGCCCCGUGGCAAAUACGUAUCUCGCUCUGCACCACACGCCGCUCCACGACCUGCUCGCCGUCUCCGGAGACAGUUGGGUCUUCAGCCAGAAGGUCCUACAACCCAAGUCCUUCGCCGAGCAUCAGAAGCGACUCAAGCAGUGGGGUCAGUCAGGCGACGCCGCCGCGGCCGUGGUUUUCGCUUGCCGCGCCCUCCGCGCCUUCACGGAGCACGGAAAUGCCGAUGAGAGCCCGGAGGACUCGGACGAUGAUAUGGACGCAUGGGAGACGGAGCGGCCUCGUAUGUGGAAGGAUGACGUCUCAGACUACUGGGGAAUGUACGCCUGCGCGCUCAUAUGUUGGGCCUACGGGCAUCAAGGGAAUCGCGGGGAUGGCGCCAAGUGCACCGAGUUGGGCGACGAUGAUAGCGCGGCGCUCCAGUGGGUCCGGGCUGUUGCAAGCACGCGGGUCAAAGACGUCGUCAGGCUACGCUCCAAGAAGAACGCGAUGUCUGUUGUUUCCCUUGUUAAGAGAUGGCUGGAUCUGGACUGUCUCGGCGGGCGCAGUAGGUUAUACGUCGACGCGGUGGGUGUGUUGAGGAAGUUGGAGGAAGGCAUCAACUGCAAGUGGUUUUGAAAUGGUAAUAGGGGGGGCCUUUGGGCGCAUUUCAUCUCGCGUCUGCAUCAGCAUCGCGAUCCGUUUCUUCCCUUCUUUUUUCUUUUUUACUCUUUUGUCGUCGGCAUGGAUCACAGCACACACACUCACUCAUCCACACACACAAAAAGCACCUGGCCAGAAGGAUACAAUACCUAUUUGCAUUGUACAGUUGACGAUAUUACGACGAGGCAGAAGAAGGCAGGGGUGGUGUGCAUGGAAGGAACAAGAGAUUCGCAGAAAGCGAGAGGGGCAAUGGCCGAGGGAAGGAUGGCGUUCAGGCGUUCAACGAUUUGGAAUCAACACACAUACACAUAUACAUAUAUAUUUACACGCAUGCAGGGGCAAGAGGCGCAUAUACAUCGAUACAGAAUACACAAGAAUCUCGUAAUACACAGCAGGGUUUCAAAUGCACAAUGUCCGGGGAAUAGAGAUG